AAGGAGUUUGGUCAUACCUUUACUUCAUCCUUUUGAAAAAAAAUGUUUUGAGGGCAACAGAAUGUCUUUUUGUUCAUUCUGCUGCCUUCGUAAGGUCAAAGGUGAACAAAGUAACUUGGCAACAGCGUCAGAGAGUGUGAUGAUGUCUGCUGUUCGGAACUUGGUUUUACUUCAAAAGUUGAGAUUUCAGAGGCACAAACAACUUCCACAUGGCUUAAGCGGUGUCAGUAGGAACAUCUGAAAAUGGGAACGGGCAGCAGCGCCGCUUCUAGUGGGCGCGAGGCGGCAGUGAAUGUGCCAACUACAGGAUACAAAGCCAUCACUGUCACAGCCAGUCCCCAUGGGGAGAUCCAUGCCAUCACUCUGACCCCCAGGGGCGAAGGUCAGGGGGCACUGGUGCUGAGGGCAUCGACCUCACAACCUGGGGUUAUGGAGCUGUGCCCAGCAGGGUCACAGGCCAAUGGUCAAGGGUCACAUAGCACAACUGAUGAAACAAGAGAUAGUGUUUUUACAAACAUCUUGCAGCACAACCAUCAGGCCAUCUCUACAGGUGACACUUCUGCGGAAACAACUUCCCUGGAAGCUACUGCUCAAACAGUAGAUCCUGUCUUACAUAAUGGUGAAGACAGAACAGACAGCAGAGUUUCCAUCAGAACUGUGACAGACCAGCCUGGACUACCGACAGCAGGUCGUUCCACCAACACAUUGUCUCACACAAACACUGUUCACAGUACAGACUCAAGCAGCACUACUCAAAGAACUGGCUCCAACAUUACAGAUUCAGCUCAUUUGCAAUCCAGUGGAGAGCAUCCAGACUCUGUCAGUGGAAGUGUGGGUGCAAGUGUUGGGGUACCAAACUCUGUGGCUAGGACUAGACUACUGUCUCCAGCUCUGGAAGCGGGUCAAAGGGAAAAUGUACCAGCACACACAGCUCUGCAUUCAGCAGACCACAUGUUAAAUGCUGCAUCUCCGAGCCAUGUAACUUCCUCCCAACCUGAAUCGCAUCCUCCAAAUGGACAAACUCUAAACCUAAGGCAAAUGAGAAGGGCACCGUUAACAAGCUUGGCACCUCACAGAACUUUACAAACUUCCUCCAGCUCAAGGUCAAUGUUAUCACAGCCACGUUGUCUUGACAACAGCCAGUCAGCGUACACAGCAAGCCUGUUCCAUCCCGUACAUGGUAGCAAUGUACGGCUGGAAUCUGAUCAAAAAGGGCUGAAAAGUGUCGCUGCCAACGUCAGCCAAAGUAUGUUCAACGGACUCGUCUUUACAUACAGGCCACUGCAGCCGGGGCAGGUGCUCCUCAUUUACAUACUGGAAGCUGAUUCGUCGAUCAGCAAUUUUGACUUUGGCCUGACUGCGGUGAAUCCUGCAGCCCUGCAGCAGAAAGACGUGCCGUCGAGCCGCGCCGCAGCCAGCCGCAGGAAGGAGUACUGGACAUUCAAAUACCUGGAGAAACUGAGGAGUGGGGACAAGCUGACCUUCCUGUUGGACAAGAGCGGGAGAGUCCAUUAUGGGGUGAACGGGGGUGAUCUACAGGUGGUGCUGGAGGUGGAGACAGGACAGCAGCUCUGGGCAGUUUUCAUCCUCACUCUGUUUGUCAGGAAAAUCAGGCUAGCAGGUGUGGUACCAGCAGAUGAACCAUCUCCAGCUCCCUCCUCAUCUUCACCCAUCCCUACAGACCAUCCACCACCGGACACAGAACCUCGCCAGCCGUACCGCGAUGACCAGACGUGUGCCAUCUGCUAUGAGCGGCCCGUGAACAGCGUAGCGUACCCAUGCGGACACGUCUGCAUGUGCGACAUUUGCGGACUCCUCCUGAAGGUGGAAGACGCCAACUGUCCCAUCUGCCGCGCUCCGUUGUUCGAUGUUAUCAAGAUGUACAGAGCCUAACAGGCAUCAUUGGGAUGCUACAAUGGAUGCUGAUGCAGUUAAGAAUUGAACAGUGGUUUGAUACCACUGUGGGUUGAGCUUAAGAGGCAUCAGUAAGAUAGCACUGUGGCUAAGUCAACUGGACAUUAAACAGCUUUUUUAUACCACA